UUAUUUUCGAACAUGAUUGGUUUGGCUAUUUCAAACAUUAUUAUCAACGGCCAAACUCAUUUUCCAUUUACGGUGAUUUGUUUUUUUUCUGUUGAUUAUGAUUCUGAUUAUAAUAAUGAUGGUGAUGAUGACGACGACGAUGUUGUUGUUGAGAAUGUAAAUGAGAUAAUUCAUUUCUUUUUUUUUCUUCCGAAAAAAAUGUACAUGAUUACCCAUUCCAUUACCGUAAUCUAAAAAUGAUAAAUUAUUCAUCACAACCUGCAAUCAGCAAUUUCUGUUUGGAUGGAAAAAAAGAAAGAUUUUCACAUUUAUCCCAAUAGUCGAUCGGACAUUCCAUUUUCAUUCUGAAUUUGUAUUUGUGUGCAUGUUUGUUGUUUCAAAAUAAUGAUGAUGGUGAUGGCUAAGUUAUUCGUAUUGAAUCUGGCCAUAUUGAUAUUUGCAUCAAAUCGAUCCGUAGAUUGUCGAACCAAGGAUUCUGAACAUCAACCUGGAUGGCUCAAAUCGACAAACGGAAUUCGUGAACAAUAUAUGGCCAGAAAUUAUGGUAAAUUAGAUUUUGAUCGUAGAACUGGACAACAUCCACCUAAAGGAUCGAUUGUAUCGUGUUCAAUCGAAUGUUUUAGCCUACCAGAUUGUCAUUGUAUUGAAAUCAACAAACAAAAUGGUAAUUGUCGAUUCUAUGAUCAUCAAAGCCGACAACCGAUAUUAAAAGCGCACAAUCAAACACAAUUUCUAUAUUUUACUCGUGAUCAUUUUGGACCAUCGGAUCAGAAUCGAAUCGAUAUGGCAAAAAAAGCAAAACGAACAACAUCAAAUCAAGUAGCAGGUAGUUCUGAGCCGCUGGCUUGGAUACAAUAUGAAUUCAAAAAACCAAUCUAUAUGACUGGUUUUAGUUUUCGGCAAACACGACGCUCAUCGAUGAUGGCUCCAUUUAUAGUUCGAGUUCAGAAUGAACCACCGAUGAUAAAUAGUGAUGAUGGUCCAAAUGACAAAGAUGAUGAUGAUGGAACUGUAUGCUAUCGUCAUAAUGUAUCGAAUAUUAGUGGUCAACCACAAUUUUCAUCGGCAAAAAAAUCUGAUCGAAAAUGGAUUCGUUGUCAGCCAUGUGGAUUAAAUGGUCGAUUUAUAACAUUAACAUUGGCUCGAUCAAAUGGAACAGCAAUGAAAUCCAAUGUAAAUUGGCCAUUAGAAUCAUUACGACUCUAUGGUUAUUGGAAUGAUAAUGUUUAAAUGAAUCAGCAGCAGCAGAAAAAGAAGAAAUGAGACAUUCAUUUAUCCAGACAAAUACUUGAUAUGUUCCUGGAUCAAAAUCACAUUAUAUCACAAAUUAGCAAAAUUAUUUAGUUAUAUUAUUUCUUCCUCACUUUUUUCUGCUUUUCAUCAUCAUCAUCAUCAUCAUUGAGAACAUCGCGAUCAUGGUCGAUGAUAUAAUACAUACGCACAGCAACAAUAAAUAAUGGUGACGAACGUAAUAAUAAACUAAACUUAAUCAAUGUCAUUUUGUUUGAAUAGGAUAGCUUUUUUAUUCAAGUAAAUAAAUUAAAAAAUGGAAAAAUUUCACAA